UUGAAAGGGAACAGGAAGACAUCUGACAGUUCACUAGCUACAAGGAAGCUAACUUAGUCUAAAGUCUUGUAGAUACUAAACGAAGUUAGUUUAAACGUAAUGUUUUAAAUCUGCUCUUGGUAUGAUGUUUGAGGCCAGGAUUGGAAUCAAGGACUACAUUCUGAACUAACAUCUAUCUGAUUUGGCAGGACUCAGUCUGAUGAGGGGACACCUACAGCUGGCAGGAUGCAGCAGAAAAGGAACAUCCAGAUCAUUGAGUGGGAGGACCUUGACAAGAGGAAGUUCUACUCUUUUGGGGUGUUCAUGACAAUGACCAUCCGUGCCACUGUUUACCCGGCAACACUUAUCCGCACUCGGCUGCAGGUGCAGAGGGGCAAAUCGCUCUACAACGGCACUUUUGAUGCUUUCUUCAAAAUCCUACGUGCUGAAGGCAUCAGGGGCCUGUACCGUGGCUUCAUGGUCAACUCUUUCACGCUCAUCUCAGGCCAGGCUUACAUAACCACCUACGAGCUUGUGAGGAAGUAUGUGUCCCAGUAUACCAAGGACAAUACAGUUAAGUCACUAGUGGCGGGGGGCUCAGCCUCCUUGGUAGCUCAGAGCAUCACAAUUCCCAUAGAUGUUGUCUCUCAGCAGCUGAUGAUGCAGGGCCAAGGAGAGCACCUCUCGCGCUUUAGACUCAGUUCUGACACCACAAAGCCCAAGAAGGUGUUUGGCCAAACCAGAAACAUUAUGGCUCAGAUUUUUGCUGCUGAUGGUUUCCGGGGUUUCUACAGAGGAUAUUUUGCCUCUUUACUCACCUACAUCCCAAACAGCGCCGUCUGGUGGCCUUUCUAUCAUUUUUAUGCCGAGCAACUCUCGAUACUGGCUCCCAGUGACUGCCCUCAUCUGAUUCUCCAAGGCAUGGCUGGACCUUUGGCUGCUGCUACUGCCUCCACAGUAACAAACCCAAUGGAUGUGGUUAGAGCCAGAAUACAGGUUGAAGGCAGGACCUCAGUCAUGGAGACUUUCAGGCAGCUGAUCAAAGAGGAGGGCUUCUGGGGAUUGACCAAAGGACUGUCGGCACGUAUCAUUUCAUCCACACCCACUGCCAUCGUCAUGGUUGUUGGUUACGAGGCGCUAAAAAAACUGAGUUUGCGACCAGAGCUGGUGGACUCGAGACACUGGUAAAAGAUACGACAGAUGGACCACAUGUAAUCUUAGCCCUCAGUGCUGAAUUAGACUUCCAGUGAAAGCAGUGGUGAGAUAAAAUGAAGUCUGAGGGAACAAAAUGGCAACAUGCCACAUUAACCGUCAUCACAGCAUCAGUCUCAGCUGUUGAUUUUUAUGUAUGACCUUGUUUUUAGAGUCAAAUAAUUAAUCAAAACACAACUUGGCAGAAACAUGAACACUGGGGUUGAAAUAUAUUGAUUCAUAUAUUCAUGUUAAUAUUGAUUUGCAUUUUUAUGUCAUAAAAUAAUGACAGAUUAGGAUAUAAACUAUAUAGCUGCGUGUUAAAGUAUUGACGCCAUGAUGCGUAACCAACACACAGGACACAGGAGCUAAGUUUGUGUCACUUAGGUAAAUGAGGCAGAAAAGGACCAACAGCUCCAGUUUCUUUGAGCAAAACCUCUGCUUUUCUUUCUUUGUUGUGUACUUUGUUGCAGUGGAGAGAAAGGUUUACAAAGUGAUAUAAACUAGUUUCCUGUUUUAUUAGAGCAACAAAAGGUUUCACAAAAGGGCAAAAUGCAGGGUACAACCUGCACAGGUCACCAGUCCAUACAGCAACCAUCACCUCUCACAUUCACACCUACUGUCAAUUUAGAGUUUCCCAUUUACAGCUACAUAUUUUUGGACUGAGGGAGGAAACCAGAGAAAACCCACAUGCACACAGGGAGAACAUGCGUUGACCUUCUUGCUGUGAGGCAACAGUGGUAGCCACUACUCUGCUGUGUGAGAUUUAUUGUGAUAUGAUUUUAUCCAAUAAUUUGUCUUUAUCUAUACAUCUAUUUUAUUUAAAGCUUACAUUGCCCCUCCCUGAGGAACACUUGAACAUACAUCAGUUUCUUAAGAUUUAACUAGCAUGACAGACCAUGUGUGGGGGAAAAAAAAAGAUGUGCACGUUCAUCCCAUCUUAAUAUGGACGGGUCAGGUGUAUGACCUACUGCAGUCAGCUACCAGGGGCAUUUGAUAUUAUGGCUUCACUUUCAAUAACAUAACAUAAAUACUGACCAUUAAAGGUCUACUGUGUAACAUUUAUGGCAGUUUUUACUAUACAGUUCUAGCAGGAUUCUACUCACUUUUUUUUUAACUUUUCCAUCUAUUUUCUAUCGCUGAUUGUGGGGGGUGUGGUGCCCAUCUCAGCUGACAUAGGGGCGAUAGGUACACCCUGGACAGAUCGCCAGUCCACAUAUAGAGACAAACAAGCAUUCACUCUCACGAUCAAUUUAGAGUGAUCCAUUUACCUAAUCCCCAUAUUGCUUUUUUUUGGACUGUGGGAAGAAGCUGGAGAACACCCACGCACACAUGGGGAGAACAUUCAAACUCCAGAAAGGCCCUCGUUUCAACUGGGGCUUGAACCCGCGUCUUCUUGCUACAAAGGCAAGAGCGCUAACCACUACACCAACCGUGUCCCAUUUGAGAUAAUACCUGGUACUUUCUUAGUACCUGUAGAUCAGUUUAAAAAAUUUAAAAAUCCUGAAAACGUGGGUUAAUCUCCAACAUUUAGGACAUUUCUAAAAUCUCAAUAUUUAACAGCAGAGUCUGGUGUAUUUAGCGACAGCACUGCUGAAAGCCGGCGAUUAUGGGCAGAAUCAAAACCCGUUCAGCCGUAUUUCAGUUCAGUGAUUGUGUCAGUCUAUGUGUCACAUAUACAGUAGACGCUACUGCCGCCCACGUCGAGGAGCUACUAUGCAGUAAUGGAAAACGAUGUGCCUGAUAGCACAAAGAGUAGAAUCGAGUCAAGUAGAGCCGAGUAGUGCUAGAAGUGUAAAAUGGAAAAGCGCCAUUUCUGUUGUACAAGUGUAUAAUCUAAAAAUAUUUUUGUUUUUUCUUGUAAUUUUGAGAGAGAGGACUUUCUGGAAUGUGAAGGCCACAGUAGCUGUGCUUGAGUGAGUGAUGUGCUUGGGGAAAGGACAGGGGUGAUGAGAUGAAUCCUCUGUCCUCUGAGUCAAUCUGCUCAGUCUCACCUUUAGAUGUAAAUAACUCUUACACAGGGGAAAAACUCACACCCACACAUGGAGUUUGCUUGUGUCGCUGCUGAAACAGGGUUGUUGCGUUUUAGUAUGAAUGUACUGAGAUUUCAGUAUUGUUUUAACACUGGAUAUGCAGACAAAUUGUUGCAUAUUGUAGGAUUAGUUUUCUAUAUUGUUUAACACGUCUGUUUAAAAUCUCUCCCCCACACUCACCAAAGUGGCUGCUGUGUCAAUUCCUGAAUUCAGAACUAAUACAUUUUAAAAAUUCUUUUAAAAUGCUGAACCUGCAUGAGAGGAAACUUAGAUGUUCUGUAAUCAGUGGCAUUUUUUAUGUUGUAGAUUUAUUUGUCCAUUUUUUCCCUGAAGUCGAAACUAAAUGAGUUGACAAUUUCCAUUUUCCAAGACAUUAAACAUUCAGUGCAACAGUUUAUCAGCUUUUAUUUAACGUACUAAUUUGCUGUCUUGUUGGCACUGUAGAAUUCAUUGCAGUAAUGAAGCUGGUUAAUAAAUUACUGAUUAUGUGGACAGGUAAUUUUCAGGAACUUUCCAUUGCGUUGGUCUCCCAGUUAAAACCUAUGAGGCAAAGGUGAAGCACCUGUUGCUUUACUACUGUGAUAGUAGCUGUUGAGUGCAAUAAUGCGAAUGUUUCCAAGAAAAAUAUGAUUGUGUGUGUAUAUAUAUCUAUCUUGUAAAUCAUGUGAAUAUUCUGACUACAAAAGUGUCAAAACUGCUGUUUGUUUUUCAUUUGUUUCACCUGAAUAACUCAGUAUUGUGGCUCAUGCAGUUUAUGUAUUUUUGGGGAUGUCAUUGAUUUCGGUUUGUUAUUUUAAGUGCUAUUUCCAUUGAUCUUUAUUAUUACUAAUCACAGGUGUUGUUAGAUGUUGUUUCCUACAUAUAGAAAAACAUGGUAAGGGGCAGUUAUACUUUGACUGGAAGCACAAUCCUAAAUUUGAAAGCAGGUGAAGCCAUAAGGUCCAAUAAUGACCUCCUUAAAUUGUUUAUA